AUCGCCAUUUUUAGGCACACCGACGCGAUUCGCAUUUAACUUCUAUUUAGCCAAAUUGAAAUGCAUUUGUCAUGGCACAGCUGAAAAAAAAUUGCCUAACCUGGCUGGGCCUUGUGGCGGCGGCAUCAAUAUUUUGCCCAAUGCUGCUCGUCAACGGCUUUGACAAAGAGAUGACAGUUUAUGUGGAGGCCGGCAAAAAGGAGUGCCUAUACCAUGCCGUCAAGGCUGGCGAACUGAUUGACUUUGAGUAUCAGGUUAUUGAUGGCGGCCACGGUGAUCUGGACAUUAGCUUUGCGCUGCUCGAUCCCAUUGGCCUGGUGAUUGUCAGCGACUACAAGAAGCCGGAGAACAUGCAUCGGCACGAGGUGCAAAAGGAGGGCGACUAUCGUUUCUGUUUCGACAACAGCUUCAGCAUGUUCAACCGCAAGACGGUGUUCUUCAAUUUGAUAGUCGAACGCGAAGGCGACCAGCAUCAUGGCGAUGAACAGUGGAAGGAGGUCGAUGAGCUGACUGGCCUAACACCGGACGAGUAUUACGACAUGAAGGUGCAGGAUAUUAUGGACUUCAUUGGACGUAUACGCAUGCAGCUGACCAAGGCGCGCCAGUUACAGGAUCUGUUGCGCUCCCACGAGGCGCGCGAUCGCAACCUGGCCGAGGCCAAUUUCCAAAAGGUCAACAACUGGUCACUGCUACAGAUCAGCGCCAUGAUCGGCGUUGGCCUCAUCCAGGUGUUCAUGCUGCGCAGCAUAUUCGAGACACACGGACGCAUGCAUCAUUUCUGGCGCAAACUGGGCAUUUGAUGAGGCACUCGGCGUUGGGCGUGGCCGUGGGCGCUGGCCCAAUGUUUGUCCUCGUAGCGUUUACCAAAGAUGUUUGUUUGCAUUUAAUCAGAGCAACUUGUUAAAUAUUAGUCACAAACUCCUUAUCAGUGUCAACCACAUAGUUACUAGCUUUAAUUAGGUACGUGUGCGUGUGUACGUGUGUGUGUGUGUGUGUGUGUGUCUGCAUUUAUUAUACAAAAGCAAUUGUAAUUUAAGGUUAACAUUCGGGAUUACUCCUGCAUGAUCUUUAUAUGGAAUAAAGCGUUGACCAAGAGUUUCACAAAAAGAAACCCAAACAUAUAUAAA